AUGUCUGCAUCUACUCGUAUCCCACCCAUCGCUCAGCCCUUUGUUAGCGAUCGGGCUAAGAAGACCUUGGACUUGGUCGAGGAAUUCGUCGAGAAAGACUGCGUCCCCGCCGAAGCUGUCUUCUCCGCUCAGCUCGGUGAAGGAGAGAAGCGAUGGAAUACCACACCCGCUGUUAUGGAGCAGCUGAAGGACAAGGCUAAGAAACUGGGUCUUUGGAAUAUGUUCCUGUCCAAGAGUCAUUUCACUCAGGGUGCUGGGUAUACCAACCUUGAAUAUGGAUUGAUGGCGGAGUUACUGGGGAAGAGCAAGAUUGCUUCAGAGGCUACUAACAAUGCUGCUCCCGAUACGGGUAACAUGGAGGUGCUGGCUAAAUAUGGAAACGAUGCCCAGAAGCAGCAGUGGCUGGCUCCCCUGCUGGAGGGUAAGAUUCGAUCUGCGUUCCUGAUGACCGAACCCGACGUUGCAUCAAGUGAUGCGACCAACAUUGAAUUGAACAUCCGUCGCGAAGGAAACGAGUAUGUUCUGAAUGGCUCGAAAUGGUGGUCCUCUGGUGCUGGUGACCCCCGCUGCAAGAUCUACUUGGUAAUGGGCAAGACCGACCCAUCCAACAAAGACACAUACAAGCAGCAAUCUGUCAUUCUCGUCCCAGCCGGUCUUCCCGGAAUCACUAUCCACCGUAUGCUCCACGUCUACGGCUAUGACGACGCCCCUCACGGUCACGGACACAUCAGCUUCAAGGAUGUUCGCGUCCCAGCCUCUAACAUGGUUCUCGGCGAAGGCCGCGGCUUUGAAAUUAUCCAGGGUCGUCUUGGACCAGGUCGUAUUCACCAUGCUAUGCGCACCAUUGGUGCCGCCGAAAAGGCUCUGGAGUGGCUUAUUGCACGCGUGAACGACGAACGCAAGAAGACCUUCGGACAACCCUUAUCCGCACACGGUGUCAUUCUGGAAUGGAUUGCUAAGUCUCGGAUUGAGGUUGAUUCCGCGCGUUUGAUUGUUUUGAACGCAGCGAUCAAGAUUGAUCAGGGUGAUGCGAAGUCUGCGCUGAAGGAGAUCGCCCAGGCGAAGGUUCUUGUUCCGCAGAGUGCACUCGCCGUUAUCGAUCGCGCUGUCCAGGCAUAUGGUGCUGCUGGUGUGUGUCAGGAUACACCACUUGCGUACCUGUGGGCUGGUAUCCGGACAUUGCGUAUUGCUGAUGGUCCGGAUGAGGUGCACUUGCAGCAGCUUGGUCGCAGAGAGAACCGCUCUCGGAAGGAUGCUGUUACUGCUAAGUUGAAGUGGCAGCAACAGGAGUCGGAUCGUUUACUUAUUGCUGCUGGAUUCAAGGCAAAGAGUCAUCUUUAG